AUGCUUGCGUUUUACCAUAUUCCUGGUGUCCAAAAUCCUGCUGAUGUCUUAUCCAGAGGAACAGAUCUGACCUCGUUGACGAAUAACAAACUUUGGUGGAAAGGACCUCAGAUCUUAUUAGACCCAAAAACCUGGCCCUCCCCGUUGUCCUUAGAUUCUAAAGAGGAAGAGAAAGUAAUUCCCGUAAAGAAAGUGAUGACCGAAACGGUACCGUCCCUUCCAUUAACUCUUGUUGAGCAGAACGACAUCCUCGAAGUCUCGGCCUCGUUUCUGGAAACCGUUCGCUAUUUGAAAGAAAAGCUGAACUGCUCAGCACCUCGGGCUCAAGAUUUCAUUGUCCGUAUUGACCAGACCCAGAAUGCGCCCUCCGAUCGAGAAUGUGAACGUUAUGCCUUAGCCAAAAAUAAUGGAAUCUGGUUUGUCACCGGCCGACUAGAGAAUAGUGAACUUCCGGAAUCGGAGAAGCAUCCCAUCUUUCUGUCAAAAACUUCCAAGAUAUUUCCGAAACUGCUGUUUGAUCUCCAUUCUCGGGUUCAUCCAAACCUUAGUACUACUCUCAGUUCCCUGCGGCCCUUUGUGUUUUGUCCAGGAGGACGGAGUCACCUCAAGAACGUACUCAUCAAAGUAUGUGAGCCAUGUCGAAGAGCAUUUGCUCGUCCAUUUGCCCUCCCCCCAAUUCCGGCCCUCCCCGAUUCAAGAGUGUCUAGGAAUCGCCCUUUUUCGUUCGUUGGGAUGGAUUGCUGUGGUCCGUUUGCCGUGUUACAAAAACAAAGAUUGUGUAAAACUUAUCUGUUAGUAAUCACUUGUCUGUCAACCCGUUAUACUCAUCUCGAACAGGUUGAGAGAGGGACUGCCCAGUCGUUGGUUUUGGCUUUCCGCAGGUUCGUAGCGUUAUUCGGGCUGCCCUUAGAAAUUCUAUCUGAUCAUGGUCGGAAUUUCGAACUAGGCGCGAAGGUGUUGAAGAGAUUCUCUGGACAAAUUGCCACCCUAGGCCCGAUCCGAUGGCAGUUUACAACGCCGUAUAGUCCGUGGAAAGGCGGCGUAUAUGAGAGAAUGAUCAAACUCCUCAAAGAAGCCCUGAGAAAGUCUCUUCCUAAGAAACCCUUGCAUUCGGAAAUGUUCUGCACAGUUGUGUCCGAGAUUGGUGCAAUGCUGAAUCAGCGUCCUAUUUUAUCGGGUCUAUCCAAUACAGUAACCCCUCGUUGUUUGAGACCGGUUGAUUUGGUUUUUCCGGAGAAGCGAGAAAGCUUCCCAUUAUUUGUUGAACAAACCGAUCCCUCUGAUCCCGACUAUGUACCAUAUGUUCCGCCUCAGUCUGAUCAGAUCGCUCAAGAUUGGUCCAGAUCGAUGUCACGCGUCAAUAGAUUUUGGAAGAGUUUCCAUCAGAGUUACCUUAGAUACCUUCAGACGGUUGGCAAACCGCGAGUUGGUCGUUAUGAAACCCCCCGAGUGGGACAGGUCGUGCUCCUUCUGAAACCUUCGGAGACGAAUCGCAAUUUGUGGAAAACCGCAGUCGUAAAGAAAGUGAAUCUGAGUGUCGAUGGAUUUUGUCGUUCUGUAAUCCUUGAAUCCGAAGGUCGAGAGUUUGAGCGACCGAUUUCACAGAUUGCACCUCUAGAACUGCCUCCAAUCGAUUCUCUUCUAGAUGGCCUCAAUUCGAGAACCCUCUCCGUUCAUCGAUCUCGAAGACUCAGACUCGGAGGCCAACGACUCGGAGAACCCUCCACAGCCUCCAAGAACGCCACCUCUCUAAGACCUCGUCGGAGAAUCGCUGACCGGCCUUAUCCACUCCCUCCCACCGAUCAUCGCCUCCUUCCUGACGGGAGCAAUCUCGCUGGUUCAGCCAUCCGAAUUAGCCCGCCUUACAGGUCCCCUCGUAACAUUCGAGGAGCGGGUCGUCGAGGCAUUAAGAAAGGCCGUCCGAGACAACGACGCCCCGGUAGGAAAAUCAAGAGCUCACCGUUCCGUCACCACCAAACGGGACACACAAUCUACCCCCUACCGUCGUCCCCAUCGUCCUUCCCCAACUCCGAAGGAUCGACCCAAGAAGAUGCCAGCCGAUCGAACCCGUUCCACCGUGACCAAUCGGCCCCCCAAUCCGUGGACUUCGCCAUGGGCUAUCCAGCCCCCAUCAACUCCCCAAUUCAAUCGAAUCCCUCCUCCGACUCCUUCACCACCCCUGAUGGUCUCCACUUCCUGGCGUCCGAACCCUCCACGAGCCAUGACCCAACCGGAGGCCCCCGCGGCAUGUUGGGUUCUCACCCAAGUUCCCAGGAAAUUUGCAUAAACCCGGAAGUAUAA